AUGGAUAAUCUACCUCCAGGAUCCCUACCCCAACAUGUCCUCGAAGAAAUCGAAUCCCAGCUGCUCAAAUCUGAUUUGUACGAUUCCACGAUCCAGGACACGGGCGUCCCUCCCGCUAUAUCCAAUAUGGAGACCACCACCCGAAUCUCAGGACCUCCCGUAUUGGUGGAGAUAAAGGAUCUCACCGAUGUAGGAAUCAGUGCAUUCCAACUAGAACAAGUUCGAAAAGCGAGAGAAGAGCGGAUACAAACGCUUAUGAGACGGAAUGGAGGGCAGCCGGUCCAGGUGGAAGAAGAUAUGGAAGGCGACGGCGGAGACUUGGAGAUUGAAGGCGACGAAGGGCCAAUGCCCAAAUAUCCUAGAGGAACGUUGAUGUUUCAUCUGAGUGAUGGUUUUACGACAUUCAAGGCGAUGGAAUACAAGCCAUUGCCGCAGCUGUCUUUGCUUACCACUCCUUUGGGGUUCAAGAUGCAACUGAAGGACGUCAAGGUAGUCAAGGGCGUAGCGCACCUUGAACCAAUAAACACAUUUCUGAAAGGUGGAAAUAGCGUUGAGAAUGCUCGCAAAGAUUUCCAGUUCAAACAAGGCUUGCGACGACGACUGGGUCUGGAUCCUGAAGAGGAACCUCAACCGGCAGAAGAUCAGGCUCCAGGAGAUAUCCCAGCUCCGAUCCCCUCCCCGCAGGCUGUACGGCGCACAUCGCUUCAAGAAAUAGUCCCUCCUUCCCCUCCACCCGCGGUCCAAUGGUCCAACGAAGAUGCUAACCUCGAGGACAAGCGUCGACGCGUUCCGAACACUUCAAGCACGAUCUUAUCCUCCGCCAGCGUCUCUCGUACCACCGCUACUGCUACAGUAACCUCCCAGUACUUCAACAACAACGGUGCUCCAUCCAGCAGCUCUCGGGCUAUUGGCAUGGCAUUAUCACCCACACUAAGGCAAACCGCACCGACCUUGCCUAAACCUGUCACACCAGGAUCGUCACCUGGUGGAGGGUUUGAAGAUGACUUUGACUGGGAAGCAUUGGACCAAAUCGAGCAGGAAGCCCUUGCAAGCAACCCUCCUGUACGUCCCAGCGCUCCAUCCAACAUUUCCAAAGUACCCACUUCUCAGGUCCACCAAGAAACUAUCGAAAUUGACGACGAUUAUCCGAUGAGUCAAGACGAGAACGAAGAACCUACACUCUUAACGCGUCAACCGAAGCCCUCCGCUGUUACCAGUGUCUUGGAAAGACCACCUGUUUUCGGCGAGCCACUGGAACUCGUUCCAGACAUUCAGGAUACUUUUGUAUCCGACUUGCCGACGGACAAAGGGAAUCUCAAUGAUACUCGAAUGGAAGCGGACAUUUUCGACGACGAAUUCGACGAUUUCCCUAUACUCGACAGUGAAGAUUUACGCGAGUUGGAGGAGGUCGAAAGGAGGACUGCAGCUUUUAUCGACCAACACAACUCCGCGACUGCCGCUACAAGAACGACCAAAACGAUUAUCGCCGCAGAUUUAGCAGCAAGCGCUAAGAAGAAUAAACGUGACGGGUCCAAGUCCAAGUCAGCGAGUUCAUGUAGCCCUUCCAAGCACCCAGAGGCUUCACCUUCGAAAUCCAAAUCGAAAACCCUACCGACCUCCGCUUCGUCUCACACUCUCGCAAAUUCCUCAUCCCCAAUCAGAGCCUCACGGCGAGAAACCGCCACAUCUUCACCUACUAAACCACGGUCCCGUCCUCCUCCUUCAUCUCAGCGCAGAGUCCCUCCACCGUCUUGGAGGCAAAGCCAGCCCCAGUCGUCUGAGGUGAUCGCCAUCUCCGACUCUGACGAGGAUGAUAAAUCGACAGCGUCGAUUCAAGUCUUGGAUGUAGCACCUGAGAUGCCUUUCCCUCUUUCACAAUUCGAGAGACAAUCUCAGAGCCAACCCAAGGGUCGGGGACAUGCCAGAGUAGGUAGCAAGGCCGGCAAUAGCAGCAAUGCUAAUACCCGAACUGGUCCAUCACGAGUGCCUUCCACCACCAGGCCAACCACUAGCCCUGCAAAGACGAGCUCCUCUCGUCCUGCCUCCCGGCCUCGCCCUAAAUCACCGGAGAUAGUGGACCUCCUGGACACGACAUCGCAUGAUUCGUCUGGAGACGAAGACGUUCGGCCACAUAUGCCGGUGGACUUGCAUCCAACUAUUCCACGCACCAGAAAUGUAACUGCGAGGAAUGUCCGGCAGACACAAACCCUGAGUCGGGCGGUAGAAGAGGUCGAAAUCGAAGGCGAAGAUGGAGGAGAGGAUACUAAAGAAAAUAAAUCCGUUCCUCGACGACGCGUUCGACCGCGGCGAAUGUCUUUUUCGCGUUCACCGACUCCUUCGAAUGACGAGGAUAGCGACGACAUUGACUUUGACGCGAUGGUUGUGUCGGGAUUGAGAACUAGGACGAAGGGAAGGACAGCUGAACAUACGAUGAGCGGUAGGAAACUGACCAAGUCCCAGAAGCGACGAGAAGGCGAACGGAAUAACGAUGAUGAAAGAGGUGUGAAUGAAAGACCUUCACGUUCGAAACCGCAGAGCCAGCGGACGAGAAUGGCUGUUGAACCUGCUGAGGUGUACGAGAUAUCGGAUUGA